AGCUCCAGAUCGAAUCCGUCUCCGCUGGGUUUGGGUUCGGGUUCGGGUUCGGGUUCGGGUUGGCGUUGUUGCUCCCCGAUGGGGCUCUUCCGAUCGCUUCUCCUCCUCCUCCUCCUCGCCCUCUCCGCUGUCGCCUCCGCCGCUCCCUUCCACUCCCUCCUCCGCGCCGUCCCCGAAGACCCCGCCCCCGGCCGCUCCACCGACGGCGAAGGAGUCGCCGAUCGCCUUUUCUGCGAUAGCUGGAGGCUGUCGGUGGAGACCAACGACGCCGGGUAUUGGCGGACUAUCCCUCAGAAAUGCCUCAAAUUCGUAGAGGACUACGUGAACGGGGAUCGCUACGCGUCGGAUUUCGACGUGAUCUCCAGCGAGUCACUGUCCUUCGCCGAGACUGUCCCGAUCGCCGGCGAUGGGAAGGACGUCUGGAUCUUUGACAUCGACGAGACGCUGCUUUCCAACGUCCCGUAUUACGCCAUCAACGGAUACGGAUCUGAGGUUUUCAAUGAAACUUCAUUUGAUGAAUGGGUGGACUUGGCGAGGGCACCAGCUUUACCAGCAAGUCUAAGGUUGUACGAGGAGCUUAUUGGGCUUGGAUUUCAGAUGGUACUUCUGACCGGUCGAAGCGAGAACCAAAGAAAUUCCACUGAGAAUAAUCUACUGUAUGCUGGUUAUCAUUCCUGGAUAACACUUAUUUUGAGGCAAACCUCUGACCUUGGAAAGCCUGCGCUGGUAUAUAAAUCAGAAAGGCGGGCGGCCUUGGAAGCGCAAGGAUUCAGGAUCCAUGGCAGCUCGGGGGAUCAGUGGAGUGAUUUGUUGGGUUUGCCGUUAGCCAAGAGAUCCUUCAAACUCCCUAAUCCCAUGUACUACGUUGAUUGAUGUAUAUAAUCUGCCGUGCUUCUUUGGGCAUUGGUCAAACUCAUGUGCCUUUGUAUGGGAAAGUCUUUCUGAAUUGUAUUCCACAACGCCAAUUGAUGGUUUUCUAAGACAUGA